CCAGGAUCAGGUAUAUAUAAGUCGAUCUACAGAGCCCUGUCAUGACGAGGCUGUUCGAGCAUCCCCCGCCAGAGAUUCUCCACAGCUCUCACCCGGCGCACAAUCUCACGCUGGUAAAUGGCGACAACGCGCCGCCCUUCAGGUGCAACGGCUGCAUGGAGCCCGGCUGCGGGCCCAGGUACACGUAUGACCAAGGCGGGGCGGGCGAGAGCUUCGACCUCCACACAUGCUGCGCCCUCGCGGAGGAGGAGCCCACGAUCAAGCAUCCACUGUUCCGCAACCUCAAAUUCACGUUCCUCGUGGAGCCCACGGACCCCGUCCAGGGCAGACUCUGCGACGCCUGCGGCGACCCAGCACGCGGGUUCGUCUACCACUGCUCCAAGAAGGACCUGGACCUCCACCCGUGCUGCGCGAGCCUGCCAGAACGCAUCCUCCAGGACGGCCGCCUCUUCGAGCUCCAGCGGAAGGCGUCACGGCCGUGCGGCCUAUGCCGCAACAACGGCGGCCGCUUCUGGGCGUACCGCUCUUCCUUCAACGGCCAGGCCGUGGACCUGCACGUGGCGUGCAUGAAGGAAAUGGCUUGCCUGAGCUGGAAUGCGGCCUUGGAGAACCGUGUCGGAGGCGCCCAGAUCGUUCGACCAAGCGAGGCCAGCAUCGAGAGCAUGCUCGAGAGCUUGCCCGCGAACACGCAGAGCAGUCAUGGGUUCGACCAGUUCAGAAGGAUCGCUACCAGCGUGGCGGGAGGCAUCAUCUCGGUGAUCUCUGGGAACCCAGCGGCGCUGAUCACCGCCGUUGUUGGAGGUGUUCUGCAGUAGCAAUCGGUCGAGCUAGUAUUUUACUGCAAACAAUACGGGUGUACCUGUCUUUUGUUUGUGUGCGUUCGCAUUUUCAUGUAUCCAUGUGUUAGUCUCAGUUUGAAGGAGUCGGAGAUCAGCACGGCGUGUUCCA